AUGUCCUGCAGCGCAGCUUUUAAUUCUAUAGAAAUAUCUUUUUUAGAGGAUGACAGCAGUUGUUUCAUGGAGCCUAAGGUCAGUGAGGCAUCAUCACCCAAGUCACUCAUUAAACCGCGAGUGGAGACCAGCUUCCCAUUGUUGUUCUUGCUGUGCUGCAAACUUCAUGAUUUUACUGUAUAUCAACUUUUAAUAUUAAACAUCAGCUUUUUGGACCGUACAUUAGACUGGACAGCUGUUUCCUGGGGCGAUCUAAAGAUACCCUUAUGUGAACGCGUGACAGAAUUAAUAUGGCGAGCACAACGGGAAGCUGCUGCUGCUGGGAGCCCAGACCAAGCCAGUUCUCAGCCCCCCUCCCCUUUUGUUGCCCAAUCCCCCUCUUCUUCCCAGUCCCCUUCUCAGCCCCCCUCCCCUUCUGUUGCCCAAUCCCCCUCUUCUUCCCAGUCCCCUUCUCAGCCCCCCUCCCCUUCUGUUGCCCAAUCCCCCUCUUCUUCAAAGUCCCCUUCUCAGCCCCCCUCCCCUUCUGUUUCCCAAUCCCCCUCUUCUUCCCAGUCCCCUUCUCAGUCCCCCUCUUCUUCCCAGUCCCCUUCUCAGCCCCCCUCCCCCUCUCUUUACCAAUACCCCUCUCUGUCCCCCUCCCCCUCUGAAGGCCAAACUACCACUCCGGCCCCCUCCCCCUCUCUUUCCCAGUCCCCCUCUCUGGCCCACUCCCCCUCUGUUGCCCAAACAGCCUCUCCGCCCCCCUCCCCCUCUCAAUCAGUCCCACCCUCUGAAAAAAGCACCCCAAUCCCUCCUCCUUCCCCAAUCCAGCCUCCUUCCCCAAUCCAGCCUCCUUCCCCAAUCCACCCUCCUACCCCCAUCCAGCCUCCUUCCUCCAUCCAGCCCCCUUCCCCACCCAGUGAGUGGGCAGCAGAAGCCCCAGCUGAGAUUCCGGGGAGUCCGCAUGUGGCAGAUGAGAAUGGUGCCGUUGGAGAUCCCACAAGCCUGGCAGGCAUCGUGGCCAGCCUAAAGGCCCAUUUGCAGGCCAUGCUGGCAGACCUAGAAAGGCUGCAAAAUUUCUGUUAAUUUUCAUUUGUUUGAUUUUUGAGAUAUUAAAAACAAUUUUUUUUUAUAAAAUAAUAAAAAAAAAUCGUUUUUACAGUUAA